AUGCAGGACGGAACUCACCUCAGCAAGAUCUUUUCGGGCGGUGUGGGUGGAGCGGCGCUUCUCGUUGCAGGUCUGCAGCCCCGAAGCGUGGUGGGCGAGGAUGGAGAGCUGAUGACUUUGCUCACUAGGAUUUUCGAGCUGGGCAUCCUGAUGAUUGCACUCGGCACCUGGCUUGGAUUCCAGCUUGACAGCCGGUGGCGGGUCGGAGCGAUGGGAGCCAGCCUGGGCAGCGCAGCUUUGGAAGGGGCUGACGGCCCUUCUGCCUCAACCAGAACCUCCUCUGUCUCCUCGUCGUUGUCUCGCGUGGUCCUCGAAGGGGUUAGGCGCGCGGUAUCCGAGAGCUCUGGUCUGGGGGCCGCCCACACCUGUGCGAGAACUGGCCGAAGGAACACUGUGAGGGGGGAAGGCUCCCCGUCCCAUUUGAUGUACCCCGCAAGCUUGACCUCGGAUGGGGAGAGCCUCCAGUGGGCUGGUGGUGGAAGAAAGACUUCCGGGCAGAUCUUCUCCAAGUACUCCCUGUCAGAGGGGUGCAAAGUCGCCCCCGAAGAGGCCGUCUCCGAGGAGGCACGGCUAUGCUGCCCAGCCCGUGCUUGUUGGCGCUGGCAGCGCUUCAGGAGGCCCAUGUCUGCAAAGCAGGAUCCUCGAAGCCAGCCUACCUUAGAUGAAGUGCUCCAGGGAUCUGAGCCCAUACGCCAAUCAAUGCAGCCAAUCAAUGCAGCACAUAAGCUUGAAGCAGUGCAGGGCGGUUGUGGCAUGCAAUGA